AUGUGGGUUGAAUAUCAUAAAAGUGUAGGCGAUAAUUGUCUUGUUUGUGGACAGGAAAUUGAUCAGGAUGAAUUAUGUAUUGGAUUACAAGCCUUGCCCCGAGGUUUGAUAGAACAAGUUUUUCCUUUUCAUCCCGAUAAGACAAAUUCGAGAAUUAUUAAUUUGGGAUCAAUUCGUUUGGGAAAACACGUCGAUUGGAAUAGUUUAGACCCUAUCAAGAAUGAUGAUUUGGAGAACUCAGAGUUACCUCCAAUAGGGAAGAAUUACAUUCAUCUGCUGAAGAAUUGUUUUUCACCUGCCAUUCAUAGACCUUUUCAAUGUAUGUUUGAGUAUAAGAGUAUUGAGAGUGAGGAUGUGGCGAUGGUGGAGAGAAUGAUUGUGGAUUGGCAGAAAUUGAGAAAGAUAUUGUCAAGUCCACAAAAGAAGAGAAAGGCAGUUAAGGAGGAGGAUGAGGAUGAAGAAGAUUCUCCAUCUCCAAAGAGAGUUACAAGAAGCAGAAGUAGAAAGAAGGUAGUUGUAAAGGAAAGCAGUAGUGAAGAAGAAGAGAGCGAAAGUGAUAGUGAAGAGGAAAAAAAACCAAGAAGGUCUCGCCGGUUGAGUCGUCUUAGUGUGAAAAAGGAAAAGGUCAAGAAGGAAGAUGAUGUACAAGAUUUACUGGUAAAGGUUGAGGAAGAUGACGGACCAGUGGAUGAGAAACCAUUAUUCGAAACCUCAUGCUAUUUACUUGGACUUUCAGAUGAGAUUUGGUGUGAAAUUUUGGAAUAUUUAAAUUUUGAUGAAUAUUUCAAUAUUGCUCAAGUUUCCAAAGGAAUGCACUUUUAUUCGAAUCUCAAAGUAGUUUGGAAGAAUUUUAUUUGUAGAUAUAUUUGUCCAAAUGCUCAGCAAGUGCAAACUACUCACUUUCCACAAUUGGAGGACAAUUAUAAGGAACUUUUCAUGAAAUUAUACAAUAAUUGUUGUAUUGUGUGUGGAGAAUAUUUGAGAGGAGAUAUUAAACUGGAUAAUCCAGUCUCUUUAGCUCAAUCCAAGGGAGAAAUAAGAUUGGCUGCUCAUCCUGCUUAUUAUAAUUUUCUGGUAGAUAAUUGUGUUUGCACUUCCUGUCAAUCCAAUUCACUUGUGGAGACAAUAAGUAAGACUGAAUUGAAAAGAUUCUACAAUGUGAGCGAUACUGAAUUGUCUGAUAUGAGAUGUAUGAAAUCACCUAAUCCAUUCCACAGAUCAACCCCAAUGUUCAAAUAUUUAAUUAGUCAAGCAAAAGUAGUCCACCAAAAGAAGCAAGAGAAAGCUCUAUUACUUCUUCAUAGCAAAUUUAAGAAAUUGAAAAUUUCUAAGGGAGCCUAUUUUGCUUUGAUACAGAGAGGUAAACGAGGUCAUUUUGGAAAUGAUUGUUUGGUUUACUUGGCCUUAACUGGAGACAAAUCCAAUUACAAACAAAAGAAAUUGGAGGAAUAUAUUAGAAAUUUGAUUUUGACUAAUCAAGAUUAA